AUUCCUUUUAUAAUAAGGCAAACUCCUACCACUUGAAUACAAAUCCAUGAUUAAGAUAACUGGUGCUACACGGCGGCACAAUUAAUUUACCGCAAAAGCGCAUUUAGAUAUAUAUUAGCUGUGACCAGAAUCGAUUUCUGUACUGUCUGAAUUGUCAUGGCCAAGUGGGGAGAAGGAGACCCUCGUUGGAUCGUAGAGGAAAGAGCGGAUGCCACCAACGUUAACAACUGGCACUGGACAGAGCGAGAUGCCACAAACUGGUCGUCAGACAAGCUGAAGGACCUGCUGAUGGCCGUGCAGGUGGAGAACCAGGAGGGGAGAUGUGAGGUGACCGAAGUGAGCAAAAUAGAAGGAGAAGCCUCCAUCAACAACCGCAAAGGGAAACUCAUUUUCUUCUAUGAGUGGGAUCUAAAAAUGACUUGGACCGGUGUAUCAAAAUCCGGAAUAAAGUAUAAAGGAAGUGUAGAGGUUCCAAACCUGUCUGAUGAAAAUGAUAUGGAUGACUUAGAUAUAUCUGUCUCGCUUGCUAAAGAUGAACCAAACACACCUUUGACCGAACUGAUGAAGACAGAAGGCGCAAGAAAAGUGCGACAGGCACUGGGAGAUUACGUACAAUCACUAAAAACUGAGUUCACUCAAGGCAUGAUUUUGCCCACUGCCAAUGGCAUGAACAAAUCUUCAGCAUCACAAUCCAAAGCAAAGCUGGAUACGCCCCAGAUUGCCCCUGGUAGUUCUGUUUCUUCAGCCAAUGCGGGAGUGAAGAUCCCCACUUGCAAGUUCAGUUUAAAGGAGACUUUCUUGACUUCACCAGAGGAGCUCUACAGAGUCUUCCUCACUCAAGAGAUGGUGCAGGCUUUCACCCACUCAGCUGCUGUUGUUGAUGCUGAUAAAGGUGGAAAGUUCAAACUUCUGGAGGGUAAUGUCUGUGGUGAAUUUUUAGAGCUGGUUCCAGAAGAAAAAAUAGUUAUGAAAUGGAGAUAUAAGACCUGGCCUUGUGAGCAUUAUGCAACGAUCACAGUAAAUUUCAUUGAUCGAAGCGGCGAGACUGAACUCAGGGUGGAGUGUAAAGGAGUACCAGUGAGUGAAGAGGAACGGACCAAACAGGGCUGGCAACGAUACUACUUUGAGGGCAUAAAACAGACUUUUGGUUAUGGGGCACGACUUUAUUGAAGACUCUGUACUGUAUAGUAUUGUAAUAAUGACUUUUGAACUCAAACAGAAGCUUCAGUCACCUGUUCAUUUGUGUGUACAUGCUUUCAUUUUUAGCACAGUUGUUCAGUCACAUGCUGCUAUAUGGCAAAUACGAAGGAACUGUGCCUUUUUAGAGGAAGUCAUUUUAAGGAGUUGUAAAUUGGAGCUUAUUGUGUGAAUAUAUUAUGAUAAAACUGGUUAACCACUGACCUGUCCAUUUUGAUGGUAAAAACAUACAUGGGUAGGAUUGCCAUGUCUUGGCUUAUACGUGUCCACAAGAUGUCUGGUGUUAAUAAAUGUGAUUUUUACUCAG